AUGAAAAUUUUUUUGUUCCCCAGUGUUAUAAGGCGCAAGCUGACCGACGGCGUCAUCAGGGGCCCUCGUUCCAGGUAGGGGACAAGGUCUGGCUGUCCUUGGAGCACCACCACACUGGACAUUCCCUCGGCUAAGCUGGACUACAGGUACCAGGGACCAUUCACCAUCCUGCAGCAGAUCAAUCCGGUCGCCUACAAGUUGGAGCUUCCCCCCUCCCUGAAGAUCCACCCAGUGUUUCACGUAUCCCAGCUCAAGCCCUGCCAUGCAAACUAUUUUCCGGGUCGCAUCGCCCCGCCGCCGCCAGUCCAGGUUGACGGCCAUGAGGAGUUCCCGGUUGCCCAGAUCUUGGACUUGAAACAGCUCCGUGGCAAGCUCCACUAUCUAAUUGACUGGGUGGGCUAUGGGCCUGAGGAAAGAUCAUGGGAACCGGCCGACCUCCUGCACGCACCUGCCAAGGUUCGGGCCUUUCACUGGCAGUUCCCAGACAAGCCCGGGCCUUAA